AUGUCGCAAACCUCGAUGAUGAGACUCGCCUUCCGAGCCGCACGUCCUCUACGCAGGCCAACACAAGACCCGACGACCUACCUGCGCGCGUGUCGUCGGGGCAUCUCCAACGCUUCGCUGAAGCACACGCAGAUGACAAACGCCCGACAUGCUCGUGGCCAUCCUAUACUAUCGCCGCUCGAAAAGCAGAACUCGCCCCAAAGCCGCCUCCUCUCCUCCACACCCGCUCGCCAUGCGACAGUCGUCGUGCAGAACCCUCGCGUCGACGAGGACGGACAAGAAAUGACAAUCACCAUCUCCGACCGAGCUGCAAAGCGCCUGAAACAGAUCACAUCUGCCCCCGCGCAGAGAAACACCCUCACGUCCUCUUCUUCCCCCUCAUCACCGUCAUCGUCCCACCUCCGCGUCACCGUCACCUCCGGCGGCUGCCAUGGAUUCCAGUACCUCAUGUCCCUGGAGGACUCUUCCAAGAUCGACGCGGAAGAAGAUACGAUAUUCACAAACGACGACAACGGCUCCGAAACGGGCAAAGCAGAGGUUGUCAUGGACUCGGCAUCCCUGGAACUGUUAAAGGGCAGCACCAUCGAUUUCACCCAGGAAUUGAUCGGGAGUCAGUUCAAGGUGGUGGGCAACCCGAGGGCGACGAGUAGUUGUGGAUGUGGCACGAGCUUUGAUAUCGAGUGA